AUGGCUGAAUUUAAAGAUGAAAUAAAUUGUGCUAAGCCACGGAGAAGCUAUCUAAUAACUUACAGCCAAGCUGAUUUGAAUAAAUUCCCAACUAGGCAAUCAUUCGCUGCUGCCGUAUGUGAAGUCUUCACUUCAGAACGAAGCAAAUUUAGGCCACAGCACUGGGCGUGUUGCCUCGAGAAUCAUGCAGAUGAAGGUUUCCACUAUCAUAUGGCGUUAAAGCUGACCAGCCCAAAGAAAUGGCUUGAGUGUAAACGAGCCCUGCAAAGAAAGCAUGGAGUUGUGGUGAAUUUUUCAGAUCACGACGGAUAUUACACCGCGUACAGGUAUAUUUCGAAGUCUGACGAGAAUGUUUACCACAGCCCAAAUCAUCCCAACCUGGACAAAGUCGGAUCCCCCAAAACAAAGAACUGUCAGCGUACUUAUCGUCAAAGACACGCAAAUAGACAAGCAGCCACUUUGACAACUACACCUCAGCAUGAUGAAGAACCUGAGAGCAACCCUCCAACGAAAAAGAUGAAAAAGCUGUCGAAUAUAGACGUGUCUGAAUUUAUUCACAGGCACGAUAUAAGAGAUCAAACGUCUUUCCUCGCAGUUGCCAAUGCUCAGUAA